AUGAGAGAAACACAGUCGCAAGGUCGCCCACAGCAUUUAUUCGAUAGUGAUGGGCCUAAGCUCGUCAGUAGGGCGGAUCAGGUUCAGCAACAGGCUGUCGCGAUGAAGUCUGGCUCCAAAAACGAGCCGCUCGAGCCGGCCGGGGGCUUUGAUAGCACGCCUUUCCGCCCUCAGCCUCCCGGCUAUACCCUUAAGUUUAGCUUUCAUCGCGGGGUCAACCUCCCCUGCGGUGAUUUUGGUACCUUCUCGUCGGAUCCAUAUGUGCAUGCCAUACUGAACGUGGACGUUCCUCAGCGCCACAAGCAGGACCCAUUCCUUACUUUCAGGACCCCGACAAUACGCAAAAACAGAGACCCUGUAUGGGAGAGUGAGUGGAUUGUCGCGAAUGUUCCUGCGUCGGGGUUUCGGCUGAAAUGCCGCAUCUUUGAUGAGGAUGCGGCAGACCAUGACGACAAACUCGGGAAUGUUUAUGUUCAGGUCGACUCGAUUAACAGCCAGUGGACUGGGUUUCGGGAGCAGACAUUCAAAUUGAAGAAGCGCACUAGCAGUAAGCGUGUUUAUCUAUUCGGGAACAUCGCCUCCAUUGCUUCGCGACGCUUCGAUACCAGCGCGCAUGUGGUUAUUAGUGUGGAGUGUCUAGGGAGAACCCCCGGUGAUAAUGGAGCGCAAGUGUAUACGGUGGGACCAAAUUAUUGGUUCAAGCAUUUCUCGCCGCUCAUUGGGAGAUUAGUAGGGACGAAGGACGAGGUCCAAACCCAGGACGGGAAAAAGACGAUCAGCCGCUACAACUUCCAGGCAAUUCAGAUACAGCUGAAAGGCCCUGUUCCUGCAGAGCUAUAUCACCGAUAUGUGGAGUUUAAGCCUUUUAUUGCUGGAAUGUUCACUUCCCACACUCUGCGGGGCCGUAUACUCAACCGAGCCCUUCAUCACCAGCAUUACAGAAUCUAUCAUUUUGACAGAAUGACCCUGAAUGGUCAAUUUGAGUCUCCAUGUGUGGAGCUGACGCAAAACUUCCUUGAGUUUGUCCAUUACGCGCAAGGCGGGAGAAUUUUCACCUAUGUGCUCACUCUCGAUGGACAGUUUCGAUUCACGGAGACGGGGAAAGAAUUUGGGAUUGACUUAUUAAGCAAGCAUACAAUGCACAGUAAUGUGUCUGUCUAUAUCGCCUACUCUGGCGAGUUUUUCGUUCGCCGGCGCAAACGUCACCGUCGACUCCAUUCUCUCGCUUCCAGCCAUUCGGGAUCAGAAGCCGUCAUUGAUGCAUCAGAAGAGAACGAAGUACCAACCGACCCUGGUCAUUACGAACUGUUUAUCGACAAUGACAGUGGCACCUAUCGUCCAAAUGCGAAAUAUCUUCCCCUCCUGAGGCAGUUCCUUUUGGGCAAUUUCCCCGAACUUCAUAUCACGACUCUGGACUGCAGAGCCGACGAGGAGCGAAUGGGGGAGCUGAAGCGGGAGCAGCGCGAGCUCAAGAAGAAAGAGGGCGGUCAGAUGGCGUUCCUGCAACAACGAAGCACCACCUCUUCACUCUCCAUCUCGAGUUCUGACGAGGACGAGCUCAAUGAGCGCAGUGGUGCCGUGCCUAAGAGAGGAGAAUUUUCCCAGAGGGUACAUGACAUGCGCGACGUGAGAGGACAGGUCAUGAAAUGGGCACAGGGAGACGAUGAGAACCCUGCAGAGAACAAAAGCAGCCAUCCCUAACCACCCAAAAGCAUCACAUCACACCCUGAAUAUACUGUUGAUACCCCCCCGAAGAGCAAGGACCGCGGUGGUGAUACCUAGGCCAUUCGACCCUAGUCGGCUUUACCCGAGUGUCUAUUCUUGGCUGGAUUCCGUACUGUCUAUAAUCUUAAUUAACUAGUUAACUAUUCUUAUAAUUAUUAGUAAUGUUAUUAUUUUUAGCCGGGCAAAGAGAAGCAUUAGAAGGCGCUGAUAUGCCGGGUU